GGAUUAUUAUCUCCCUUGCUGCUGCAGUCGUCUUCAGGUUGCACAAGGAGUUUUUAAAGUGCCCGGGCAAGAAGCUCCGCCUCCGGGCUAUGUGGCUCCGGCAGACUCGCAGCCCGAGCGCGCGAUGCUGCCGUCCCCUCUCCUCCGCCCUGCGGAGCCGAGGGAGCAGUUGAGCCGCGUUUUCCGAUCCAGAAAGGCAGCGAAGGGGGGGAGCAGUCUCUGCUGGGGAGGGGUGUCUCUUCCAGCAGCCUAAGCACAAGCCACUCCUAGCGGGGAGAAGCCGAGGAGCCCCGGCGGCGGAAGAAGCGGAGCGCAACCGGGAAAGAGGAGGCUGCUUCUUUGCCCCUGAGUUCCCAGGAGGAUGAGCCAGCAGAAUGGGGAGCAGUCCAAUCUGUCUCAUUCGCUCUUUGACACUUUUCUCCAUGCCAAGCAGUGCAAAGAGGUGCUGGGAAGUUUUGAGGCGCUUUGCAGACACCUGGGACUGGAGCAUACUGGCCAGCUCCAGUUCUAUCACAAACUCAAGUCUCGUCUCAACUACUGGAGUGCCAAGGCUUUGUGGACCAAGCUAGACAAGAAGGCCGGGCACAAAGACUAUGAUCAGGGGACAGCAUGCGCCAACACCAAGUGCCUGAUUAUUGGGGCAGGCCCUUGCGGCCUCCGCUCAGCGAUUGAACUGGCCUUCCUUGGAGCCCACGUGGUGGUGGUGGAGAAGAGAGACUCCUUUUCACGGAACAAUGUGCUGCACCUUUGGCCUUUCAGCAUCCAAGACCUGCGGGCUCUGGGAGCUAAGAAAUUCUAUGGCCACUUCUGCACAGGAUCCUUGGAUCACAUCAGCAUCCGUCAGCUGCAGCUGAUCCUGCUGAAAGUUGCCUUACUCUUGGGGGUUCAGGUUCACAUCAAUGUGCAGUUUAAGGGGCUCAUCCCACCUGCAGCAAAUUCAGAUGGACAAGUCAGUGGCUGGAGAGCCAUCCUAAAUCCUCCUUCGUGUCUUCUGAACCAGUGUGAAUUUGACGUCCUCAUCUCUGCCGGUGGUGGCAGGUUUGUGCCAGAAGGCUUUAAGCGGAAGGAGACCCGUGGGAAACUGGCCAUUGGCAUUACCACCAACUUUGUUAAUCACCACAGCAGGGCUGAGGUGGAAGUGGCCGAGAUCAGCGGCGUGGCUCGCAUCUACAACCAGAAAUUCUUCCAAAACCUCUACAACAAAACAGGCAUUGACUUGGAAAACAUUGUCUACUAUAAAGACGACACUCAUUACUUCGUCAUGACAGCCAAGAAGCAGAGCCUGCUGAAAAAAGGAGUUAUCUUAAAUGACAAGUCAGACAUAGAGAGCCUGCUGUCUCCAGAGAAUGUGAACCAAGAAGCUCUUCUUGCUUAUGCCAAGGAAGCUGCCAACUUCUCCACCAAUUACCAGCUGCCUGAUUUACAGUUUGCACUGAACCACCGCAGCCGCCCAGAUGUUGACAUGUUCGACUUCACCUGCAUGAGCCGCUCAGACAACGCAGCUCUGGUGCGUGACUGCAAUGGCGCCAAGCUGCUCAUUGGAUUGGUGGGGGACUGCCUGGUGGAGCCAUUCUGGCCUUUGGGCACUGGUGUGGGCAGAGGGUUCCUGGCAGCUUUCGAUGCUGCCUGGAUGGUGAAAAGAUGGGCCUCGGGGAUGCCCCCUUUGGAUGUGCUGGCUGAGAGGGAGAGCAUAUAUCAGCAGCUGUCGCAGACCUCACCUGACAACACCAACAAGAACAUCAGCCAGUACAGCAUUGAUCCCACUACGCGGUACCCAAACAUCAACCUCCAAGCCAUCAAGGCCUCUCAGGUUCGUAAUCUGUAUGUGACGGGAGAAAUUGAAAUGGAUAUGAAGAAAGGAAGAAAUCAUGGCAGCCCUGAGAUAGUCAGCAAAGAUUCCAACAGAGCCUAUGAGGAGCUGCUUAGCUGGUGUCAAACUAAUACAGCAAAUUAUCGUGGCAUCAAGGUAGAAGACUUCACAUCCUCCUGGAAAAGUGGCCUGGCCCUGUGUGCCCUCAUACAUCACUUCCGACCAGAUCUUCUAGACGUCAACACACUCAACCAGAACGACCCCAUUGGGAACAACCAGCUGGCCUUAGACGUGGCAGAGCAAGAGCUAGGGAUCCCUCCGGUCCUCUCCAGCACUGAAAUGGCUUCGAUGUCCGAACCUCAGAGGCUUGGCUUGAUCACCUACCUGAGCCAGUUUUAUGAUGCCUUCAAGAACUCUCCAGAACCAGAAGAGAAAAGUUCAACGAUUCUGUCGACACGUGGUACCAAGGGAGCUAUCCUCUUCCUCAGCAAGCUUCAGAAAAGUCUCUCUCUCUCACGUAAACGUGCCCUGGAGAGCUCUGCAGUGGAUGACCAAGCCAAAAAGACCAAGCAAGAGGCUGGGAGCCCUGUCACCUCCUCGGUGAGGAGCAGCGAUGCCUGCUAUUUCUGCGGAGAUCGUGUGUACAUCCUGGAGCGAGUCAGCGCGGAGGGAUGCUUCUUCCACCGCGGCUGUUUCAAGUGUCACCGCUGCAAGACGACACUGCGCCUGGGGGAUUACGCCUUCAAUGAAGACGAUGGUAAUUUCUACUGCAUGCUGCACUGUCCUACCUCCAAGGACAUAACUACACCCAGCAGCACAACCUCUGUCAGAGCAGCACGUAAGGAUUCCUCCAAACUCCUCAUUCCUUCAGACAAAGGCACUCUGGACUUGGCUGCUGAGGACAAUAAGAUGGAAAAGGGUCCAUAUCAACCAAGCCUGGAUGAGAACCUGUUGUCUUUCGAAGAUCAGCUGCCAACAGGUCAACCUACAGAACUUCAUAAAUCAGCUGCUGAAGGCCACAGCUUACUCCCUGCCAGAGUAAAUGGAGGCUCUUGUACUAUGAACUCAUCCUGGCAUCCACAUCGUCAACCAUUAGUGGAGGUGGACAAGAAGUUGGGGGACUCUGUUUCUGAGGCUGGUUUAGCUUCAGAGGUUGUAGGUGAAGGCAGAGAUGGAAAUAAGGCCAGUCCAAAAAGAGAGAGACUUGAACCAGAAAAUUGGACUGGCAGCCAGUCCCAAGAAGAGACACGUGACAGCCUGGUGACAGGAAUUCAAGGAACUGAUACAGAUCCUUUUCUUUCUGGAAAGGUGCCAACUGCUCAGAGCCCCAAACUAGAACAGAAAGAGUGUGGAAAUCUCCCAAAGAAAAAGAUUUGCUUGUCAGCCCUGGAAAAGCUUGAGUUAUCCCGCCUGAGUCCAAUAUCAGCCUCAUUUCACUUUCCAGAUAUGAAAAUAGAAGAACGCAGCUUCAGCACCAUCUCAGAAGAUUCUCUGGAGAUUGACAGUGACAGUGAAGAGGAAGAAGAGGAGGAAGAAGCAACGAGCCAAGAUCUUGCAGCAUAUAUUCAUUUCCUGAGCUUCACUGAAGAACCUCAGUAUCCAACGUGGAAGAAGACACUGAUGCGACGAGCCAAAGAGGCGCAAAUGAAAAGGUUUUGCAAAGCGCAGUCAAUCCAGAGGAGGCUGGAAGAGAUUGAAGUGACUUUCCGAGAGCUUGAACAACAGGGCAUAGAGCUGGAGCGAUCUCUGCGGGAAGAGAGAGGAACAGACGCUGAACUAAAACAAUGGAUGAACCAGCUGCUUUCCCUGGUCCAAAAGAAGAACAGCCUGAUGUGCGAGGAGUCUGACCUCAUGAUUGCGGUGCAAGAGCUGAAACUAGAGGAACAGCAGUGCCAACUGGAUCAUGAGCUGCGCCAAUACGAUAAUAUGGACGAGACUUCAAAAACCCUAGAAGACCAGCUGAAAGAGAAGGAGAUCCUGUCCCAGCUGCUGGAGGUUGUGAACCAGCGCAGUGCCCUAAUUGAGAUGCAGGAGAAGAAGCGUCUCAGUGAGCUUUACGAGCAAGCACCAGCAUUUGGGGACCUUGGGAAGAUUUGAGAGUUGGCUAUAUUGAAGCUUUUGUCUCUGUGCAGAAGCUACAUUUUAACACAAGUUCCAUUUUAACACGUAUCUGCAGAGGACUGUGAUCUUCAGCAAAGAUCUGUCCGAGGCACCCCAGCAAUAAUGAAGGCCAAGGUGCUGGCUGCAGCUCUGUGCUAUCAGCAUCAGGCACUUCAGUGAGUUCCUUCAUUAGCAGCCUAGGUCAGCUGCCUGGGAUUGAGUCCCUUGCCCUCCCCACCGCCCUGCAGGUUUGUGUUUGGUAGCUGCUAUUAGGUGUAAGGAGAACAAGCCUGACCUUGAUGCAAGUGUUUUUAAGUAGCAAGGCUGGAAACAUGGCCGUUUUUUAUUUUAUUCUUUUUGCCAAUAAGUGAUUUCAUUAUAGCGUGUCUUAAGGUUGUCCUCCAAAUUCUUCUUUUUACUGGCUACAGGGAGACAAUAGUGCACAUGUAACUAUCUAUAGCUGCCUGCAUUCUCCCCUAUGAAAAAGGCCUCGCUUACCAGGACAGCUCCUCUUUCAUGCCACUUCAGGCAGCUGCAGUGUUUGCCACUUGGGUAGUAGGGGGCUGCUGGUGUGCAAGUGAGCAUUUCUGCCUUCACCCAAGCUCCAGCAGAGCAAUAUUACUUGCACCUCCCACUCCCAAACUAGCAUGAGACAUUUGGAGGGGCAUAAAUGCUAAAUAAUAUAAUAUACAAACCAGGUGUAGGGAACCUGUGCCUCCCACCCACUGUUGUUGGGACUACAACUCCUAUAAUCCCUGAUCAUUGGCUGGAUCUGAAGGGAGUUGGGAGUCCCAACAACACCAGCAAGGCCUAUCUAAUAUAAACAGUUUACAGGGUAUUACUAGGGAGGGGGCACAGACCUGUCAGUUAAAUGAGCAAGGCUGCAUGCAGCCUGCCAGGAAUUAUAAUAAAAAAACAGCACGGCCACCGGAGAAGUGUGAUCCUGUCACACAGUAUCUGGAUAGGUAUCUUUGCCACUCACACUCUACUUACAUGUGUAAUGGAUUGCCAGCUAUAAAACCACACAGGUGUGGUCUGAAUAUAGUAUCCCAAAGCAAUAAAAGAACAGCCACUAGAGAAGAAUUAGGGGCGCUUUUUCAUCACCAUAAACUGCUCCUGCAGCAAGCCUCUUUACAGAACAAGGGUCAGACCUCUGCGGCUGAGGAGAUGGCUACCUGUUAGAAUCAGAAGGUUGCCAUGCCUGAACUGCUGUUAAGCCACGGCUCUUUUUACGGGCUGUGUGCUCCUCUUUCAAUAAAGAUGCAUGGAGUGA